AUGGCCAAAUCUGCCCUUUUCCUGUCCCUCUUUGCGCAUCUCGGCCUUGCUGCCGCUGCCGCUGCCUCUUCUUCCUCCACCGCCAGCACUCCCGCUUCUGCUUCCUAUACUACCAUCACCAUGCCAUAUGGCCCUAUAGGGGCAGAUGACUCGGACCCUGUUCAUUUAUAUGCAUCAGUGAUUGAAAUUAAACCUCCGUUGACUACUAUCGCCGCCUGCAUCGCCCCUGUAGAAGAGGCCUGCAAGACUGAAUUUCAGCAGACCUUCACCUACGGUAGCGACACUAUUGGAUACGACACUCUGGAUACGUACAACGGCAUCACCACCUCCAUCCAAAUCGGAUGUACCGUUAAACCGCAGACUGCCAUCUGUAGCGCAUCGUACUUUGUCGCUAUCGCUGGGACCAGCACGAGUUCAGCAUUUACUUCCACUAUUACCGGAUCAGAAGUUGCUCCCGCCCCCGUCAUCAUCACAUCUGGAGCAGAGAAGCUGGCGAAGGAGACUGGAAAGCCGCAGGAGACUGGGAAGCCGAACGGCGCCCCCAAGUCGACGGGCAUGUCUAACUUGGCUCUUGUCGGCGGUGCUGCCGUUGUGGGUGUCAUGUUGGCUCUCUAG